AUGGAACACGUGAAGAAGAAUCAGAAGUUGAAUUCUCACAACACGCAACCAGUUCGAGUAAUCAAUGUAAUUUACGGUCGGCCAGAACCUGCCGAGGAGUCAGAUGAACUGCUUCGAACAAGCUUUCGCCAGGCACGGAUGAAGAGAAGGAUAAGCAGUGUAAACACUCUACACCAACAGAGCGCAUCAACGCAAAUAAAGUUUGACGUAACAAACUUGUUGUGUGUUCAGAUCCCUCAUGAGGACCCGCUGGUCGUAAGUUUGACAGUGGCCAAAUGCUUGGUGCGCAGAGUUCUAAUUGACCCUGGAAGUAAUGCGAACAUCAUGCCAAGAGAUACAUUCGAUCGGCUCGAGAUCAAACAGGAUCGGCUGAAAUCCACCGGGAAUCCACUACUAAGGUUUAAUGGAAAGCGAGUGGAGCCCGUCGGUACGGUGGAGGUAGCGGUACAUGCUGCCAAGAGGGUUUUGAUGGAAACCUUUGUGGUUGUUGAAAUUCAUCCCUCUUACAAUCUUCUGAUGGGCAGAGGGUGGAUCCACAGAGUUCAAGGUGUUCCUUCCACUCUGCAUCAGGUAAUGAGAUGCCUGGGGCCAGACGGAACCAAAGUGAUUGACAUUCAUGGAGACCAGGUUGCAGCUAGAGAAUGUUAUUCUAUCGAUCAAUUCCGACCGGAACGGACAACCAGAGUAGGGGAACGACUCGUUGAGAAGGAAAAACAGGAAUUAGUUGAUUUUUUGUCUCAAAACGCAAAUGUGUUUGCAUGGAGUCACCUAGACAUGCCAGAGAUCGAUCCUUCUGUAUCUUGUCACUCCUUGAAUGUUAACCCCAAUGCAAAACCUGUAAAGCAGAAGCAGCGACGGUUUGCCCCCGAGCGCAACCGAAUUAUUGCCGAAGAGGUUGACAAACUGCUUGAUGCGGGGUUUGUAAGAGAAGUGUACUACCCUGACUGGUUAUCGAAUGUGGUCGUUGUGCAGAAGAAAAAUGGGAAAUGGUUAUAA